CACGAGUACCAGGAAAUACAUUCCCCCCAUGCAAAGGAAGUAGAGACAGUCACACGAGUACCAGGAAAUACACUCCCCUGUGUAAAGGAAGUAGAAACAAAGUAUCAGUGGUGUAUGUUUGGGGGCCCUGGCCGUGCAAUAUCGUGGCCAGGUCUCCAUUAGAAAUCACGAGGCCCCGUACAACAAAGUUUUUGGGGGCCCCGCCUGCCGCAGACCAAAUAGACCACACAGACAUCAGCGCUAAGAACAGUAACCCCCCCCACACACAAGUUAUAAAAGGCCCCCUUAUAAGUUAAAAAAAACGGUGGUGCCAGGCGGCCCUGAUUGUGUGUGGACGACAGAUCCAUGAAGAGAUGAACCUCUGGCCAAAGUUAACACAAAUAAGUGCAAGCUCUGUUGCCAAGUGGGAUGCAUUAUAUGGUAUAGGCUGUAAUUAGGAGGUUACAGAUAAUGGGGGGGUGAUCCCCCAGGGAGCCCCCUUCAGUACUUAAAGUUCAAGCAGAAUUCACACUGUUAAUAGUUCGGCACAAUUUUCCUCUGGCCCCCGUGAAAGGUCGAUGUACAGUCGGUUGCCCCUGUCAGAUCUCGUUAUCCACAUCCUUCAGCUUCAGAUAUUGAUCCCCCAGCAAAUAUGGCACUUUCUGCAUUCCAACUGUCAAUCAUCCCCCCCCCAGACCUUGGGAGGAAAUCCCCACGGGGAGGGGGCAGCACAUCCUCUUCCAUCUCCCACUCUGACGGGGGGGAUUUACCCACAGAUCAUUUAAAUAGAGCCCCCACAUUGAUACUGAGACCAAACAGAGCCACAGAGAUCUCUAGAGAAGCAAACGGGGAGGAGGAUGGAGGAAUCCCGUUGCCAUACUGCUUGCACCUUCAUUCUGCUGAUCUUCGUGUCUAUGAUUCCCCAGUCAGGGAGCCUCCCCCAGAGUCAUUUCCAGAGGAGGAACUGGACCCCCCAGGCCAUGUUGUACCUCAAAGGGGCACAGGGGCGACGUUUCAUCUCCGACGAGAGUCAAAGGAAAGAUCUCUACGACCAACUGCAAUUAGAGACGCAAAGUCACAACUCCAACCCCAUCACCAUAUCCCAAGCAGCCACCAUGUUCCUCAGCUCCUUACAGAAAGCACAAGAGCAAGCAGAAGAUGACGGUGCGGAUCAGGGGGGGUAUCUGCCGGACUCAUUAUUUAAUUGGUGAACACAAGAGGGGGGCUGUGCAAGUCGGCGUCUCCCCAAAAUAUCGGUCUAUGGUUUCACUCAUGAAUGAAAUGUGCCGGCGUCUCAGCAACAAUCAAAUGUCCGUUUGUGUCAACCUGAGAUUAUGCAAAUGAGCAAUUAACUGCGGUGAUUUGUGGUACAUUGUAACUUCUCCUCUUCCUGUAAAUAUUAACCCCUCCCCCCCAGAACUAUUGUACAAAUAUGCUGAAUAUUUCUGGUAAUGAAUGUGUAAAUAGUAAUAAAAAAACGUCACUAUCA